AUGAACCUGACGUCCAGCGCAGAUCCCGGAAUGUUCCUGACCAACAUUUCCCCUGGCAUGAGGGCCAGUCCAGAGACCGCCAUCCUCACCCCAAACCUCUGGCCUGAGAUGACCGGCCGACCGGACAACGAUUCCCUCUUUGGCCAGAGCGCCAACAUGAGUGGCUCCCACAAUGUUUACGACCCGUUGGGUGGCCACAAAAUCUGGCAGGUUGUUCUCAUUGUGUUCCUCACUGGCCUCCUGUCCCUGGUCACCAUCAUUGGCAAUAUUUUGGUACUGGUGUCAUUUAAGGUGAACAAGCAGCUGAAGACAGUGAAUAACUAUUACCUGCUCAGCCUGGCUUAUGCUGAUCUCAUUAUAGGCGUCCUAUCGAUGAACCUUUAUACCACUUACAUCAUCAUGGGCAAAUGGGCUUUGGGCAACUGGGCAUGUGACCUGUGGCUGGCAAUAGACUAUGUAGCCAGUAAUGCCUCUGUAAUGAACCUACUGGUCAUCAGCUUCGACCGGUAUUUCUCUGUGACUCGACCCCUCACUUACCGGGCAAAACGGACCACAAAGAGAGCCAUGACCAUGAUCGGUUUGGCCUGGUCCAUCUCCUUCGUGCUGUGGGCUCCAGCGAUCCUGUUCUGGCAGUUUUUUGUUGGGAAACGUACGGUGCCAGAGGGCGAGUGUUUCAUCCAGUUCCUUUCCGAGCCCAUCAUCACCUUUUGCACGGCGAUUGCGGCCUUCUAUCUUCCUGUAACCAUCAUGACUGUGCUCUACUGGAGGAUCUACAAGGAAACAGAGAAUCGCUCCAAAGACUUGGCUGGUUUGAGGGGCUCGGGGAACCAGGGCAAGCAAGACAGCCUUGAAGAGACCAGCGUCAUGGUCCCCCAGACAGGAAGCUCCCGCAGUUGCAGCAGCUAUCAGUUGAACCAAAGCACAGGCCAGAAGGGCUCAGGGAAGAAAACAAGUCAGUUCCAUUUCUGGCCAUUUGGUCGAGGCCGGAGUCACACCAGCACAGGAGACACGGAGCACAGCAGCAGCGACAGCUGGAACAACAACGACGCCGGCAUCUCCAUGGACCAAUCAGACGAGGAGGAAGAGGAAGAGGCGGGUGAAAGUAGGGCUAUCUACUCCAUUGUGGUGAACCUUUCGGGGAUGAAUGCAGGUGCUAACACGAUGGAUGAAACGAGCAUGUCCGAGCAGGUACCCCUGAAACCUGAGGGUCGUAGCACAGAAAGACCAUCCAAAAAAGGCUUCGGCAGGACCCCCUCCAUGCCUACGCCCACUCAGGAGAGCUCUAACUCCAAUGCUGCACUCUCCUCCGUCUGCAAGUCUCCAUCCGUACCAAUUUCCCUGAAAGACGCCGCCUUAGCCAAACGGUUCACAGCCAAGGCCAAGACACAGAUCAGCAAACGGAAGAAGAUCUCUCUGGUGAAGGAAAAGAAGGCAGCUCAGACUCUGAGCGCCAUCCUCUUCGCCUUCAUCAUCACAUGGACGCCGUACAACAUCAUGGUCCUGGUGAGCACCUUCUGUAAAGACUGUAUACCCCAGGGAAUCUGGGCUCUGGGCUACUGGCUGUGCUACGUCAACAGCACAGUCAAUCCCAUGUGCUAUGCACUCUGUAACAAGACAUUUCGAGACACUUUCAGAAUGAUCCUGCUCUGCCAGUGGGACCAGAACAAACAGAACAAGGUGCAGUUCAAACCACAGCCAAGGCCACCAGUAGUUGCCUACCGUAAAAAAGAACCCUUGUAG